GCCGUAGGAGCCCCAGCCAUGCGAGGCGCGGGUUGGGGGGCGCGCCCGGUGCUGGCGCCGCUGCUGCUGCAGCUGCUGGCCGGGGCCGCGCUGUGCGCCCCUGCCUCGCCCGCAGCCCCGCCGCGCUUCAACGUGAGCCUGGACGCAGCCCCCGAGCUGCGCUGGCUGCCGGUGCUGCGGCACUUCGACCGGGACAAGCUGCGCACCGCGGUGGUGCGAGUCAUCGGGGAUAGAGUGCCCAAGUGGGCCCACGCGGUGAUCGAGAAGGUGGCUGUGAACCUGGAGCUCUUCCUGCCCCAGCCCUUCACCGGCGAGAUCCGUGGCAUAUGCGACUUCCUGAGCCUCAGCCUGGCCGACUGCCUCCUGGCCAACCUGGCCUACGAGUCCUCCGCAUUCUGCACAAGUAUUGUGGGUCAAGACUCCCGAGGCCACAUUUAUCACGGGCGGAAUCUGGAUUAUCCUUUUGGAAAUAUUUUACGCGAGCUGACUGUGGAUGUUGACUUCCUGAAGAAUGGGCAGAUUGCGUUCACAGGAACCACUUUUGUUGGCUAUGUGGGACUGUGGACUGGUCAGAGCCCACACAAGUUUACAGUUUCUGGUGAUGAACGAGAUAAAGGCUGGUGGUGGGAGAAUGCGAUUGCAGCCCUUUUGCAGAGACACACUCCAAUCAGCUGGCUUAUUCGCACCACCCUGAGUGAGUCGGAAGACUUUGAAACAGCAGUUUCCAAACUGGCCAAGACCCCCCUGAUUGCUGAUAUCUAUUAUAUUGUUGGCGGCACCUCCCCCCGGGAGGGAGUGGUCAUCACAAGGAACAGACGUGGACCCGCUGACAUUUGGCCUCUGGAUCCUUUGAAUGGAGCGUGGUUCCGAGUUGAGACGAAUUAUGACCACUGGAAGCCAGUGCCUGAGCGAGACGAUCGAAGAACACCUGCCAUCAAAGCCCUGAAUGCCACAGGGCAGGCAAACCUCAGCCUGCAGACGCUUUUCCAGGUUUUGUCAGUGGUUCCAGUUUAUAACAACUACACAAUUUAUACUACAGUAAUGAGCGCUGCCAGCCCAGACAAGUACAUGACAAGGAUCAGAAAUCCGAGCUAAAAGUUAUUUUUAAAGUGAAAUUCAUGAAGAGCCGCACUGCAAAAAAUAAGACAACGUGAAAGUAUUGUGUUACUUUAAAAACAAUACAGGCUCCUUUCUCACUUAACUUUUCAACCUGGUGGAGUGAAGACAAGCUUCACUCUGGAGCUUGUCUUUGGAGUCGCGAUAAAAAUGGGAGUGGGCAUUGGGCUGCAUUCUCCCCCCUCCAUAGAUUGCCUUAACCUUCUCUAAGCUUCUCUUCUGGCUUGAACAACUCAAAGACAGCUGUCCUCAGAGAUCAGGCCACACUCUCAGGCUUUGUCCCAGCUUCUCAUGAUUCUGUUAUCAUACCUCUGCUUAACCACUAAAGAAAUGAACUGGCGGGCAUCGUGAAGUGCUUCUGGAAGAGCCUAAGAGAAAGGGUUCUUCCAAAAGAAGUGGAGGGCUCUGUUUUGAAUAGAGCCUGUUUGAAUGUAUGUUCAUCUGACCUUUGAUCAUGUAUUGCCAUGUAAUGGGAUUCUCAUUUUUUUAUAAUGCUUUUCAAAAAAAGUAUGGAUCGCCUAUUUUCUAAAUAGCUACUUUCUUACUGCUUUUUGGAAGUAAUAUGAAAUAAAGUUAUUUUCUUCUUGUCAUUUAUUAUUAAUAAUAAAGUGUCAAAAGAAAUGUCAGCAAGGAGAAUAAACACAUUUUUCCUAA